AUGGAGCUUAAUGAAGAGGUGGGAGAGAGCGCCUCGACUCCAGGUCAUCGCAGAAGCUUUUGUCCCAAGGCAAUUGCGAAACGGAUCUACAGCAGGCUUGCCGCCGAUGGCAGUGUACAUGCGAUCUACAAUCCCGACUUAGCGGACGAGCUUGAGGCCCACUUCGACCGCCUGCCGGCCAGGUGCAUCGAUGUGUUUUUCUUUUUGUUUAUAUAUCGUCGUUUGUCUGUGAUUUAUCCUUCAUUAUACUUCUUGAGUUUUAGAUUCGCGUCGACAACUUGAUUUUCAGUUUCUUCGGUUUCUUCCUCGUAAUUUUUUUGAAUGGUAACUUGGUUUUCUUGGCGUCGAUCAUGUUAGGUUUUAAAAAGGGGACUGGAUGAACUGGAUUACUGUGGCAUUGUUUUGUCGUAGUUCGUGAAUGGAGUUGGACGUUGUGGAUCAUGUUAAAUUUGUUUCUAAGGCUAUUUGAACGGUGAUUUGACUGACUCCUUACUGUUCAUUAUGACUUGAUUUGUCCGUACGAUAACUAAACUGCCAUGGGGUGGAUGAUGCAAUUGUCGAACGGAAACUGGAUUGCUGCGUCGUGAAAGGAAUUGGAUACGUACUGGAUUAAGUUGAAUUUGCUGCCAAGGCCUCGAUCUUAAUUUCUUUAUGCUCAGUAGGUGCUUGAACUUUAUUUUUUUGUAUACCUGUGAGAUUGCUAUUAUCAUUAUGUUCCACAUCAUUUGUGUCCUCAACUCAAGAUAUAUAUAUAUAUAUACUGCGUAACUUUUGCCUUCCUGUGAAGUCUUCGCUAUCGUUUUCAUUGUCGAUUGUGUUCCUGCUCUUUCACUAUUUCAAUUUAUUUAGUGACAUUCUUGGUAGUUGUAGGAUGAUAUAUUUCAGUCAGCAAGCUUAGUUGUCAUAUUGAUUCAUCUUGUGCAGGUACAUAUUGGAUAUGAAGGACAAGCCUGGAGAUAUUUUGUUACACAAAAGAAUUCUUGCCGAGGCCAGGGAUCCAGAAAAGCGUCCUGCCUUCCGCUGCCGCUUUGUUCAGGUUCUAUUAAAAAACAUAAUUACUUUGAUCACUAAUUUAAUCUGAAUAAACGAGAUAAUUAUUUUCAAUUUCGUUCUUUUUUUUCAAACUCUAUACUGUGCACUUCUCAGCAUAAAAUUUCUAUCCGGAUCCUAUCACACACAAUUUCAUCGGUAUCUUAUUUGGGGAUGCGUUUCGUGUUAUGAGCCCACGAAUAGGCAUUUUUAUUGAUAUUAUUUAUUUAUUCUUAUUUUUUGUCCCUUUCUCGCAGAACUUCUCCAGAUUGAUAGCUUAUUGCAUGUUUAAUACAUGCUGCUUUUACGCAUUCACAUACCUAGGUUUAUUAAGACGAAUUGAUAAGGACACUGCAACAAGCAAAAGUUAAAAUGUUGACCAUUUUUCGGUGUAGCUGAGGCGUCCUAUUGUUAAUUAUUCAUCGGAGAUUCGGACUCAUACAAAUCUUAGCGGGAGAUUGCUUCUUCCGCAUAUCAAAUUAAUAUCAACCCUAGGAAUAGACGGUAUAUCUAGCCUCCGAAGAAAGACACGAUGCCUCGGAAACUUCUACCUCGUGCCGUCAGGCCCAUUUCAUUAAUAAUUAUUUUUCAAGAAACGACAAUAUCUAAAAAGAGGCUAAGCUCAAGUAUGGUGGUUUGUGGUCAUUUUUAUUUCAUGCUUCCUCAUGGUCAAGGAUGCAAUAUGGCAUGAUAUUUAAAAUUGUAAAAGGCAGAAUGAAAUACAUACAAAUCAAUGAAAAAUAAAACGUAAACAGUUGACCCAUUCAUAAAGGUUGCCGCCCCGACUCCUCUCUUAGGCAGUGAACGCUAAGAGUUGAUUUCCAGCUCUCAGAUGCUGAGAUGGUCGUGAUCAGAAAGAUUUACAUUUCUCAUAAUUCGCAUAUAAUAUAUCCCCGAUUUCGACAUGAUUUUGGAUGACUGUUAUAACUCAGUAAAACAUCGAGUCGUCUGUCAUAAUCCUUAGAAUCUGGUAAGGAUGCAUGUGAGUGUAUGAACAAUUUUGUCUGUCCUCUGGGUCAUUUGGUCAGUAAACUAGCUGGAUAUAUGUCUGUCCAAGGCUGAUUUCAAUGGUUUCUAGGGCAUUUUAGUUUAAAAACUUUCGGUUGACGUAUAUUAGAAACUCGUGCGUAUCAGAAAUUUUUGAUAACUUCUUGUGGGCGACCAUUUGGUUACAGAUAUCUUAUCCAUAGUUCUAUUCAAUCGUGAUGAGCAGUACACGAAGAGGAUCAACCAUCAAAUAGGUGGCAAUACUCAGGCCAAAAUAGGUGUCCAUACUGAUCUGCGACCGAUGGUAAUUUCAUCCAUUUCCACAGGAUUUCGGAUUACAGCGCACGAAGAGGAUCAACCAUCAAAUAGAAGGUCGCGCAUCAUUUCCAUAAUUUUUUCUAAUUAUUUUCCUUGCGUUUUUCGUUAAAUUUGAUUUAUCUAAAGUGAUAACAAUUUCACUAAAUUGAAACUCAAUGCUGUCCUACACUUUCUGUUUGUCGGACGUAAAGUACGUGGUGGAAAUGUUGACAGUAAUUAAAUGAAAACAGCGGUGGUGAGAUUGAUUUUGCAGCUUCAUCUAUGCUCAAAGAAUUGCGUCUUGAUAGAGCAAAGAAUGGUAGGGACAAUGAAAAGAGAAGAUACAUAACAGAAGGUUCAUCUGGAAGGUACCCUUCUGUUAAAAGUUGCCUAAACAUAAUAUUUUGUGACCCAUUAUCAUACUCCAGUUACGGUCAUUUCCACUUUUUUAAUUGGUUUCUUUUUAAACAUUGUCUAUUUAAAUGUUAAAAAUGAUUAUAAAAAGUGUACUAUGCAAGAUUACGCCAAGUUCAUGCUCCCCGAGAUAAAAUCUUUUACGCUUUUGAUGAAGUUAGUGUGGAUCCCAAAAGUACGCAAAGAAACAUCAGUAAUGGCGAUAAGGCAUUGAAAAACAGGGACAGACCCCGCGGGAAAAUGUUCAUCUUUCAUGUACAUUACCGGAAUGCAUAAUCCUCGUAAAAAUUCUUAUUUCAACAAUUUCUGGUUAACUUUUGAUAAUGGUAUUUAGGGUUAACCAUGAGGAGUAUAUCAUAAGGCUGCUUCUAGACUAAAACAGACUAAAAUAUUUCAGUAAUGUCGUCUUCUUUGAGGCAUUUAAAAUGUCGGGUCGAGGACCACACAGCUUUGAGAAUAUUAUCUUUUUUUUAAAUAAGGAAAACAUGUUAAUUGACCUUGCCUUUACACGGUAAUGAACUAAUAUGCUUGCAAACUUAAUACGAAGCUAUUUUCUAGAGGACAACAUGUUAAUUUGAAAUUCAAACUUUUAGGCGUAUGAUAUUUCUUAAAUUAGCCUUCCAAAGUCAGCAACAAGAAAGAAGACAGAAAUGAUGUGGAUUAUUGACUAUUUUACAGGAAUGAUCUCGUAGGUGUUCCCGUGCAUGAAAUAAUAUUUUCCACUGUUGACAUGCCAAUGCUUCUAAGCCAGGUACGUCAACGUAGGAAGUUAUUGAUGUAAGCUUUCAAAUAACACUUGUAGACAUUAAAUCUAUUCUACUCGGUGGUUUUCUUCCACUCGAUUGUGCUAGUCACUGAAACAGUGUAUAUGUAUUUUAUAGCUUGAUUUGAACUAUUUUCUAUGCGAUAAAGUCUCUGCCUCUCUCUGUGCAGCCUUUUCUCUGAUUAUCCCUUUCCUCCCUCCCCUUUCUCCUCCAUGUUCCCUUCUUAAUAUCCUUGACUCCCUCUCUUCCUUGUUUUAUUUGAGGCAUUGUAACAAGUGAUUCCUUAGGACCCACUAGGGGGACGUAGAAUUUGGGAAACAACUGACGAGCUUCUUACUAGCUUAUAACCUCUAGGAAUAGCACCCCUGCUGACAGUGACGCUUGGUAAACGGAGGCUUUAAUCGAUUUACUGAAGGGAACCUACACUAUUAAUGUGUGCAGCAGUACUCUCUUUUUCAUGUUCUAGAAUUUUCUUUAAUCAUUUGGAUUCAUUAUUACCCCCCGUGCCCUUUCGAAUAUUAUACGUUUAUGAUUUAUUUAUUUUAUUUACUAUCCUUUUAUCCUCUUUUAAGGGUGGGAUUGGGCUGGGAGAGUGCGGCGAGCAUAUUUGAAUAGCCGGACAAGCCUCCCAUUUACCCGUAUAUUCGGCAAAAGUAUGUCUGAGGGGUUGGUGCCGCCUUUGAAGCACUGAAUGCAGAACUGUUUCAUAAGCGCUGAUCAGUCACAUUUUUCUCUUACUAGAAACUUUAUCCUGACAUAAUAGGGAUCCAUAAACGGGAAAGAUUUAUUUAAGCUUGUUUCCACUAGAGCACCAGGGCCAUUUAGUAAAUCUGGUGAAGAAAUAGGCAUGAUUUCUACCUCGAAAUAGGCAUGAUCUCAGUCACAUAAAUAUUUUCUCGGUUACAGCUCGAAAUAUAUCUUCCAAUUAUGCAGUUCACGCGUUUCUAAUAUUAAAACGGUUUUUUACCUGUACUUCUUUCAGCUAUCUGCUCUCCUAUCUGGUAUAGGAUUGAACAUUCGAGAAGCUCAUGUCUUUUCGACGGCUGAUGGGUACUCGUUGGAUAUAUUCAUCGUGGAUGGGUGGAAAAACGAGGUAAGAGGACAGUCCAUUUUUAAAAUAUUUUAAAUUGUAAUUUAUCGUUCAUCCAAGAAAUUGAAUUAUUAAGUUCAUCAUUUUUUAGUUCUCUAUACUACCCCUUAUCGGAUAUUUCGGUGUGGAAUUUUUUUUUCAAUUAUUGUUGCUUUUAUUUUAACGAUAUUUUGAUAAAAAAAAUUGUUUCAAAACUGCACUGAAUUGUGGUUUUACAGUUUCCGUUUCAGUGGUAUUGCCUCGAAUGUGGCUGUCGGUAAGGAAUUCCGUGUAUUCCAUGAGUUUCUCUGAAGGCCCUCAAUAGUAGUGACUGAGAUUGACCUAGUGGCCGCUGCAGAGUAAUUAGUUAUGUUUUGUAUACGUUGGACAUUUGUGAUAGAAAAUAAACGCCGCCAUUCAUUUUCUUUUAUUAAAGGUGGUUUUUGAAAGCUUGAAAGAUCACUGAACUUGCAGUGUUGUUCUCAGGAAACAAACCGCUUAGGUGAGGCCGUGGCGCAAGCAAUUGCAACAAGUGAGGUAGGUACACGUUAUUUACUUCGGAAUCUAUUUAGGCGUCACAUACACAUCAUCCUUUCUUCAAUCUGGGUGAAUGAGGGAUAUCAUGAACCUGUAUGGUGAAGCCGUGCUGACGCAUUUUGGUGGCAAAUUUAGGUCUGCGAACGGGAUCUGAUUAAUUUACAGAAGGAUAUAUCAAUAUUACUAUUUUUAUUUUAUUAACAACUUUGCUUUACGCCUGACUAUUUUCAUGUAAACAUUGGAAGAAAGAUGACUGAGGAUGAAAAAUAGCUUUCAAAGUUGAGAUGGGAAGUAAUUUUUGAAAAAUACGAGUUCAAGCUACUCAUAUGAGAAGAAAAAGAAAGAAAGAAAUGAUAAAGUAGUUCAUAUGAUAGGGAAAGGACGUUGUGUAGUUGAGUUGAGAACGAUUGUUCAAACCGGCGAGACUAGGGAAUAGUGAGUGUUGGAUAAUAGAGAAAGGAUGAAACAUUUUGUAAAGUAGUUGAAUGAAUGAAGAGGGGAAAAAGAGGAAAUAGGGGUUAUUUGUGAUGUAGGGGUGGGUGACUGGUGUAACAGUGUGGAGAAACUGUUGUGAUGGAAACUACUGAAGUCAACAGACUUUUGAACGGAAAUUUAACAUCCAGUAUCAAACUGAUGCAUUGGAGACAAAUUUAGGCUAUUUUUAUGUCAUGGAAGGACUGCCAUUACACAUGUACACCAUAUCUUUUUCAAAUAUGACAUCUUAUUUCCAGGAAAUAGAAUUAUUCACCGAAAGCUGGUGAUCCAUCAGUAUUUUAGAAAUAGGAAGUGGGAAAAAAGCAUUCACAUUUUUCGUGAGGAAUUUUGAAAUAUCAGCAAUGUAAAGUGAAGCUACAUUCUCUGUCAUUUGUCUGUAGUUGAAAUUUUCUUGUUCCUAUCAACGAAAAGUGGAAACGGUUCUCAAGUUCCAACAAGAAUGUAACUGGGAAAUUAACAGAUCCUUUUUGAUGAUUGGAGAGAAGAUUGCAUCUGGAUAUCGUGGAGAUUUGUGAGUCAGAAACCUCGUAGCUAAUCAUUCGUUCAUUCAUUGAAAUUUCUCAUGGUAACUUAGUUUCUUACUUUUAAUAUGCAGAUACCAUGGACUUUACCUUGGAGUUGAUGUUGCGGUGAAGGUUUUUACACCUGCUUAUGUAGAUGAAGCAUUGAACGCAGAAUUCAACCGAGAGGUCAACAUUCUGAGGUUGACUUAUAUCUUUUGAUGGUCCAUUACUCUCCGGAUGAUCAAAUAUAGCGCACUGUGUUGUAACCCUGUCUGUCGUAAGGUGUUCAAAUAUUUCCAUAUCCUCGAGUAACUAUCUAGUGUUAAUAUAUGCGACAGAUUAUGCCGCCGCCCAGACUACGGAGUUUCAAUGUCGUGGAAUUUUAUUUAUUUAUUCUUUUUUUUUCCUUUUUUGUGUGUAUUAAUUCCCAUGGCAUAUUUCAGGGAAGUUCGGCACAGUAACGUGGUUCAGUUCAUUGGCGCUAAUACAAAACCUCCGCACAUGUGCCUAGUAACAGGUAAACGGAAUUAUUGCUUGAAUUAUGAAGAAAAUUUACCCACAGGAUUAUGAUUCCAUUUUCUAUUGCUUUUGAAUAUUAUGUCCUUGCUUUUGUUCUUUAACCAAUUACUUUUUUUUCCCCUUAUAUUGAUUUAUUUAAAAAAUCGAGCAAUUCAAGUUGCUUUUGCGUUGAUUUUUGUCCCGUUCGAUUUUUUUUUUUCAUGUCUGAUUGAGCUAUCGCGAAAUUUAUAUGCAGAGUAUAUUUCUAGAGGAAGUCUCUUUGAUUUUCUGCAUAAGCUCGACGAUGUACUGGAAUUCCAUUUACAAUUGAAGUUUGCGAUCGAUAUUUGCAAGGGAAUGGAUUAUCUACACCAACAUAACAUAAUUCAUAGAGAUCUAAAGACAGCCAACUUGUUGAUGGAUGCAGAGGAUGUACGUAGCUCUCUGUGAUUUUUUCGACUCGCGAAUAAUUUCUAGAUAGUCCGGUUCUUCACAUAACCCAUCGGGCUUCGAGCGCCUCUUUUCUGUCUAGGUUGUGAAAGUCGCCGACUUUGGCCUGGCGCGGUUCCAAAAUCCCGAUGGAGAAAUGACGCGAGAAACCGGGACGUACAGAUGGAUGGCGCCGGAGGUUACUCUCCUUUUUUGCCUAUCAAUUCUCCACAUCCUUAAAAAACCAUAAAAACCAACAUAGAAUAACACUUUUGAGUAAUUCUGUAGCAAUAAAAGGCUCGCGUUCUCUGUCUGGUACUGAUUCGUUUAUUAUUUUUCAUCUCGAAGAUCAUGAACCACCAGCCUUACGAUCACAAGGCGGAUGUUUUCAGCUUCGGUAUUGUACUUUGGGAACUGGCAACAUCCAAGGUAACCCCUUGGAAUGGGUAAAGGAGCCGAGUUCAGUUCCGAUUACUUCCAUUCAUUGACGAGGUGAAUUAUCUGUUAUCCAGAUCCCUUACAGUGAUUUGACGCCCAUACAGGCGGCGCUGUGCGUGAUAAAGGUAGUUGUUACUCCCCGUGCACAUCUUUACAAUUGAUAUCAAGUCUUUCCCGGUGUAACCAUUUGUCAGUUCAUUUCUUUGAUGAAAACCAGUCGCCAAGGACGGGAGUAAGCCCGUUUUUACGCUCGUUCCAUCUUUUAGUACGGAUUGUUUUUACGCGUCUAUUUCUCAACCGUCUGAUUGAGUUUUCGGGGGGCUAUCCGAGUUGUCCCAUCUUCAUAAUCGUGGGAUUUCCUAUUGAGCGACCAGAAUAUAACCCGACGUCACGCUUUAUUUCUCAUGCUAUCUUUGGGGUGCUAUCGCAGGGUCUACGUCCAAAGCCUCCAUCCGACGCUCGACUUGUGGACCUGAUGCAAAGGUGCUGGGACGAGGCUCCAGCCAGGAGGCCCCAGUUUUCCGAGAUCAGAGCUGAACUCGAAGGGUUUCUGUUACAGACAAGCUCGGGUGAUGCUCGGUGUUGAGAUGGACUCCUACCCUUCCUGAUCAAUCUUUCCCUCUUUCUCUCUCUAGCAGAGGAAUGACGCAGGAGACCUCGCUAACACAUUUCUCUCUCUCUAUUUUUCCUUUUACUGGUUGACUGUCAGACGUGUGCAGCCAGCCGCCUGCCUCAUCCCGUGCUGUCCAAAGGUGAAUUAUUGUACCUGUUCGUGUUCAUCUAGGACUGGCCGGCACUGACAUGACGUAGUUGGCCAUUCAGGGCGGCGUAUAUCUCGAGACUUGGCGUUUCUCCUCUGCGGUGAAAACUAUUAGUAAAAUCUCAGGUCCCGGCCUACGUCCGCCGCAGUGAGACUUUACUUCCAUGGGCGUAUAGAUCUCUCCCACUUGGGUACCCCCUUCGCCAUCUCCCCCCCUCAGCAAUUCGUCCAUCCCUCUUUUAAUGGUAAGUGCAGGCGGCAGCAGGCGGGAGAGAGGAGGGGGGAGAGUGGAGAGUGGCGGCGCGGAAUCCUGCAGCGAAGAACCGACCAGAUACAGUCAAGCAUUCGUCGUAGAGAGAUCUUGUCGUUAAUCUAG